AUGAGAAUAAACCUCCAAUUUUUGAAUUCGAAAAUGCACCCACAGCUGGCUGCAAAGUUACGAGAACGAGAAGCAGGCGGAGCACCUAUUACAAUGAAAAAUGCCCCCACCCCAGAUCUUGGCAGCGUUUGUAUUAUUGCAAACCUUUCCAAUGGUAACACUCCCCGUCUUGCAUAUCUCAGCAUCGCAAAUUGGCCAUGCUGAAUAGCUAAAAUUUGUGUUGCAAAGGAGCGCAACAGCAGCCGGAUCUGUUAUGCGCAAGACACCUUGCUCACCGAGACUCUGCAUCAGAAAGGCUCGCAAUCCUUCCAUGCAGGACAGAAAGCUUUCAUUUGGAAACUUUGCAUGACAAACCUUGUUUGCAAAUUCCGGGUUGGGGGCAUUUUUCAUUGUCAUAGCACCAGAAGAAAAUGGAGGAGGAUAG